AUGUUCUCCCUCGUUUCGUCCCUGCCGAUCCUGCUCCUCUUCUCAUCCCUCAUCGCCUCGAUACAAGCCCAAGGCUUCAACAACCCCCAACGAACAUCCUCUACCACAUCCACGUCCACGUCCACGUCCACCUCAACCACCACAAGAUCAACGACGACCCGCACAUCAUCCUCCGCAACACCAACAAGCACGUCCGUCUACGGCCAGUGCGUCGACGCCUGCAUCACCGUCAACCCCAUCGUCAACCACUGCGACGGCACCGAGACCGGCUCGGCCCUCGACCAAUGUAAAUGCAAAAGCUACACCCCGUCCAACGACCCUCUGAUCGGCUGUGUCCAGAGCUGUCCAUCCGACGAACAAUACAACUUCGCCAGGUCGCUGCCCAGUCUUUGUGCUCAGACGUUGUUUCUAGGCUUGGACCUGACGGACGCGCCGAAGCCCAACGCCGUGAAUACUGUUGCUAGCGCGACUCUUGCGACGGCACAAGCGCAGAAUACAGGUACCGCCACCGCCACCGCAAGCGGGAAUGGGGCCGGGACACUGCGUGGUAUGAGUGUGUUAGGUUUGCUGGCUGUGACGGUGGGGGUUGUCGUCUUUUUGUGA